GGAGGAGGAGGAGGAGGAACACAACGCCAUUUUCACCCAGAGCAGCUCCAGACAGAUGCGUCUGCGCUGAGAUCCGAGCGUUUCACGAACGACUGUGUGAUUAUGAGUCUAGUGUUUCUGCGCCACUCUGUGAUUUGAGCUCGUGCUGGAGGAAUCGGACUGUCAGGGACAGGAACUUCCCCGUCGAGCUCCGGGAGACUGGACACACACACACACAGACACACACACAACUGCUCCGGCUGCCCGAUUUCAGCCCAAACCCUCCCAACCAGGCUUCAGAGCGUUAUACUGAUUUGAGGUUCGCGGUGGGACGGGGAAGAACCAGCCCUGUUACGGUUGUGGGUGAUCUGGAUGUUCCGCUGAACGGAUGCGUGAGGACAUGUCGAGCGUGUUGUGUGUGAAGGAGAUGGAUGAGCAAGGGGACCCCGGAGAGAAGCUGUCCCAGGACGAGCUGCUAUGUCGGACACGGGAGGUCAUGCAGGGACUGGAGGCGCUCCGUUCAGAACAUCAGGUCAUCCUGGAGGGGCUGAUGGGGACCUUGCGCUGCCUCAAACAGAGCCAGGAGGGUCGUGCUGUUGAGGAGAAGACAGCCAUGAUCCAGCGCUCUAUGGAGAUGCUGGAGCUGGGCCUUAGCGAGGCACAGGUGAUGAUGGCUCUGUCAGGGCAUCUGAGUGCAGUGGAGGCAGAGAAACAGAAGCUUCGAGCACAGGUGCGGAGGCUGUGUCAGGAGAACCAGUGGCUGAGAGACGAGCUGGCAGGAACCCAGCAGCGGCUGCAGAAGAGUGAGCAGAGCGUGGCCCAGCUGGAGGAGGAGAAGAAACAUCUGGAGUUCAUGAACCAGCUCAAGAAAUAUGACCAGGACCUCAGCCCUUCAGAUGAUAAGGACUCGGUUUCCAGUAGGGAGACACUGGAUGAUCUUUUCCCAGAUGAGCAGGAUGAGCCGGGCCCUGGCAUCCAGCCUCCUCACAGCAGUGCAGUGGCAGCAGCGCAGCAGGGUGGUUACGAGAUCCCCGCUCGUCUCAGGACCCUCCACAAUCUGGUGAUCCAGUACGCCUCGCAGGGCAGGUAUGAGGUGGCCGUUCCUCUCUGCAAACAGGCUCUGGAAGAUCUGGAGAAAACAUCUGGACACGAUCAUCCUGAUGUAGCCACCAUGCUCAACAUUCUUGCCCUCGUCUACAGGGACCAGAAUAAAUACAAAGAUGCAGCAAACCUCCUUAAUGAUGCACUGGCCAUCAGAGAGAAGACCCUGGGCAGAGACCACCCUGCGGUGGCUGCCACAUUGAACAACCUGGCCGUUCUUUAUGGCAAACGAGGGAAGUACAAGGAAGCAGAGCCUCUGUGUAAAAGAGCACUGGAGAUCAGAGAAAAGGUGCUGGGAAAGGACCACCCUGAUGUUGCCAAGCAGCUGAAUAAUCUGGCCUUGCUGUGUCAGAACCAAGGCAAGUAUGAAGAGGUGGAGCUCUACUACCAGAGGGCCCUGGAGAUCUACCAGACCAAACUGGGCCCCGACGACCCCAAUGUGGCCAAGACCAAAAACAACCUGGCUUCGUGCUAUCUGAAGCAGGGGAAGUUUAAGCAGGCGGAGACUCUGUAUAAAGAGAUCCUCACCAGAGCCCAUGAGAGAGAGUUUGGCUCUGUGGAUGAUGAAAAUAAACCCAUCUGGAUGCAUGCAGAGGAGAGAGAAGAACAGAGCAAGGGCAAGCAGAAGGAUGGUUCUCCGUUUGGAGAGUAUGGUGGCUGGUACAAGGCCUGUAAAGUAGACAGCCCGACUGUCACGACCACACUGAAGAACCUCGGAGCUCUCUACAGGAGACAGGGCAAGUUUGAGGCUGCGGAGACUCUGGAGGAGGCGGCUCUGCGCUCUAAGAAACAGGGUCUGGACACGGCACAUAAGCAGCGUGUGGCGGAGGUGCUGGGAGACCCUGAAGUACGAGAGAAGCAGCGGAGCCGUGAGAGCCUGAACUCUGACACGGUGAAGUACGAGAGCGGCCCUGACGGAGGAGAGGAAGUGAGUAUGAGCGUGGAGUGGAACGGGGACGGCUCAGGCUCGCUGAAGCGCAGCGGUUCCUUUAGUAAACUGCGGGCCUCUAUCCGCCGCAGCAGUGAGAAACUGGUCCGCAAGCUCAAAGGAGGCGGCUUACGAGAAAACGAACCUAAAAAUCCGGGCAUGAAGAGGGCCAGCUCUCUUGGAGUCCUCAACGAGCCGGAUAAACCUGUGGGUCAACUCAACGAACGAAAUAAUCGUCUAAGGAAGUCACGGGAUCUGAGUUCCAGUCACACUGACCUGGCGCAUUGAAGGUCUGCCGUCGGACGUCCCGAUGAAGAGAGGUACGAAGAGGUCUCAUCAUUGGGCUGACGUGAACCGUGUUUUAGACGGGACUACCUUCUCCGGACAGGACUUUUGCUCUGGUGUCUCUGUAUAUGUAUUUAAUUUCUGGUAAGUUAGCUGUAGAAAUGACAACUGAUGUAAAAAGUCGAACAGAACCAAAGUGCACAACAAAUUUGACAACAUUAUGUUCUGCGAAAAUUAACAUUUGUCGGAACCAGAAAAUAGAUAAUGCCAUUGGGCUCAGGUUGAGACUAGACACUCUAAUGGCAUUUUUGCUGCUUUCCUGUGGUUUAUUUUCCUAUGUUUUAUUUUGAGAUGUACUUUUAAAACCAACAACUGUAGGACUGUUUUUAAUAAUUAAGGAUUAUAGAGACAGAGGUGUGCAUAUAUGAGUGUUUAGAGACAAAAUUGGCUUGUUUUUAAUUUAGCUUGUACCAAUUGCCCACUUUGUGACUUAAUAUUCUGCUAUUGACAUCUUUAAUGUUGUUUAUACCUUGAGUUACACUAGAGGACCAUGAUGCUGAAGUACUGAUUCAAUCAAACGUAUUCCCUUGAUAAAGAGAGAACUGCACCGUGUUUAUGAAGUUCUAUGUUUACAUGAGUUAUGGUUCAAUGAUGCACGUUUUUUAUCGCUUUUGAGGAUCUGGUUUGUAACAAAAGAAAUAGGAAAAUUCCUCCCUCAUGGUAAAAGAGAAAAUGAUUUAAAGUGGUUUACUCUGCCAUGGAGAUCUAUCCGUUCGGAAUGUGGAUUCAAUCUCAGGACUGAAAGAACAGAUUGUUUUAGCGAAGUAACACUGCACUUUGAAAAGUUUGAUAGGAUAAUGUUAAACUAUCAACCCUUUGUGUGUUACAGAACUAAACUGAGAUGUUAACCUAAGUUUUAAUUGGUUACGUUUAGUUUAUAGAUGCUAUCGGUUGAUGGGCUGGUUUCACCUCUCACACCAGCUCCAACACUAAAAUAGUUGUUAAAGAGGUUUAUAACUUAUUAUAUCAAGUUUUCAUGAACAUCUCUCUGUUAUUCAUGAGAUAAAGCAUGAUCUCAAAUGGAGUUGUAAGUACAGAUACUCCAGACUAAAAUGCACUGGAACAUGAAUUCUGCCCCCAGAUGUUUACCUACAGUACCUGUUUGAAAGCAGUGUGCCUUGUGAGUGCCUCAGGCAGGUUCUUACUAAUGAAUGUGGAAGUUAUUGAUUUUGAGUGUGACGGCAGAACAGUUUGAGCUCUGUAAGGUCAAACGUGAGUCAUGAUUUUACAAAGUAAUUAAUAAUUUGUAACACUGUUGUUAAAUAAAUGCCCAGAAUAUAUCAGUGUAUCAUGUCAUGGAUUUAUGCUAAUAUAGUGCACUGCUCAACUGA